AGCUUAGCGCUGUCGAAAACUCAACCUAAUAAAGCAUUAAUCUUUUCCUGUUUGGAACCAUUCUGAGAAGGUCAAUUAGCUGGUAGAAAUCAUGGGGUUGUCAUCUGUUAGCACUACUGGUGAAGGGUUACUGCUAUGCGUAUUUGAUUUGCAAAGGGGGCAACAGGAAGGGCAGGAACUCGACAAGAUUUUGUUCUUCUAUCCUGCAGACUUACCUUUUUCGACCCAACUCUCUGUUAUAGGAUUGAGUGAAGGACUUAUUACAUUUACGCGAAUUUUCUCACCAGAGGCUGCUUGUGAAGUUAUAGAGGCAGAGAGACACUCUCAUGUUUUUUAUGAGGCAGAGCCAGAUAUCUGGAUGGUGAUGGUAGUGGAGAAAAAUAAAGAGGCAGAAGCUAUAUGGCGGAUUGAUGCAUUAAAAGAGCUUCUUAAGGAAGUUCACUCUCUUUUCAUGUUGUUUCAUGGAUCAGUAAGAGGUAUUCUUGAGAAAGAGCCCAGUGGAGGAUUAACACGAUCUCAUUUAUACCCAUUCAUCAUGGAUUAUCUAAGAGAUUUUUUUAUUGGGAAGAAACUCCAAUUGCCAUCAUUCCGUGACUGUUUAAAGGAGCGCAGAACUGUACAGAUGUUAACUGUAGGACGAGAGGCUGCAAUUGAAGUUCAGACACUUGUCAGGAUACUGGAAUCCUGUGCUGGGAAUGCACAUUGUUCCUCGCUGAUUUUAUUUCAGGACCUGCUGGUUUCCACAACACUUUCCCCUGAGGAUACCAUAAACUUAUUUACAUAUGCUGUUCUAAGGUUGACCCCUCAUGCUCUGUCCUCUGGAGUAAGUUCCUGGUCCUAUUUACGCAAAGGAUAUUCUUCAUCUCAAGUUGCUGCUGGCUCUACUCCUGCACCUCCUGGUUCUGUUUUGGAACGGUUUUAUGGAUCAAGUGAUACUUCUCCUUCUGGAGAUGAUAGAUAUCAAGUUAUAAGGCCCUUGCAGCAUGGAAGGUGGUCAAAAGGGAAGGAUGGUUUUCUUAUCACCGAGAUAUGGGGCCCAGAUGUUGGUAGCUUGGAUUUGGUCACUCCAACAAUAUCGCUAAAGCAGACAGAGGAGAGGAUGUAUCUCUGUGUUUAUCAGUAUAAGAGCCUUACAGUAAUCCUUCUCAUUCCCGUUUCCUCCAUCCUUAAUGGAGAGCAAGGUGUUUCUGUGGUGAAGCAGCAAAUUCUCGAAAAUGCAUCACUAAAGAUUCUGAAAGUCGAAGAAAAAUUGUCAAAAGGAUGGGGUGGUGAGAAUGCUUAUCAUGUUAGCGGCUAUCGUUACUUGUUAGUGGAUGAUAGUAGAGACAUUUCCAGGGCUUCACCCCCAGGAAAGGUUACAACCCUAACAAAGGAGUCUCUACUUGCCUUAAACAAGCUGAGGGAAGAGGUAGAUUUGGAAAAGAAUCAAGCAAAAUGGGAUUACACAGUUCAUGAUAAGGAUAUGGAAAUGUGUAUUAGAGCAAAAAACAAUGCUUGGGUGAUUGCUCGUAUUACUAGAGGGAAGGAACUCUAUAUGGUCUUAGAGAAAGCAAAUGAAACACUUCUCUAUGCAUCAGAUGCUGUUGAGAAAUUCAGUAACAGGUACUGUAAUGGAGCUUUCUCUUCGGAUUAGGGUGACUACUUUCUACUCGAGUAAUCGUAUUCUGGAAUUCAGUGACCCCAACAGAUCAGAGAUCAGAGUUUUUUUUCCUUAGCCAUUACUGGUUUUUGUAGCGAGCACACACACAGAGACAUUUAUAUAUAUAAAAGCUUCUACACAGAAAAUUACCUUGUGUUUUUUUUUUUUGCCUAUUGGUUUUUUUCUUUUAAUUUGUUUUUUCACAUGGGUUUUCUUCCUAUAGGAUAAAAUGAAUUCUGUAAA